AUGACUUAAUCUUCUUUAAGAUAAAAAUAUUAAACAUUGCCAACAUAAUAAACUUCUUUAGAAGAAUAUUCAAAAUCAUAUAGUAAGGAUUCAGAUAUUUUUCUAAAAUAAUUAACAAUGCCUUUAAGAAUAAAAUUAAACUCCUACAAACCAAUAGCUAAAAAUUUAUUUUGUAAAUCCCUAUAUAAAUAACACUAUACAGAUUACAAAAGCGAAAGAGUUCAACCUAUAAUAUAAGACUAAAAUAUGUACAUUUUAAAUACUUUGGAAUUAGAUGCUGAAAGUGUAUACAAAAGAUCGUAUAGAUCAAGAACAUUUGAUGAGAAAACAGAACCUAUAAAACCUUUUAAUGUAAAUAUUACAAACACUUUACCUAUGAGAGGAGCAAAAAGUGUUUAUUAAUCCAAUUUUACCAAGAAAUAAGUUUCAGGAUAACCUAAUAAAAUCAUUUAACCUCAAUAUAAAAGGAUGGUUUAUAGUGUUUGGGAUAAAUGUAUGAAAACUCAAUAUUAAUACCAUCACACAGGAGAGAAAGGGGAAUUAACAUUGAAGAUUACUCCGAAAUAGAAUUAGCUUUUCAUAAUGAAUUACCAAAAAGCUCCUGAAUCGCAAUAUAGAUAUGAUUAUAGAAUGAGAAAUAUAGGUAAUUCAGUUGAAAUGAAUUGA